AUGGAAAACGAGAUAUCCCUUAUAGAUUCUAUUCUGUACAACUUGGUUGGGGUUAAGCAGCUUUAUGAAUUUGAGGUAAACCACCUACACACGUUUGCAAACUUGACUCGCCGUUUCACGGAGGAGAAGAACAAGGAAGUGGGAGAUAAAUGCACAGUAUUCAAAGACAAGGCAAUCAAGGAAGAGCAAUGGGUGAAAGAAAAAAUACGUAACCUGGAAUCCGAAAUCAACAGACUGGACAAGGAAAUCGAAGAGCGGAAGGCUUCCAAGAAAAAGCUGAUGGAGUUGUUCGAGAGCUUGAAGAAUAUCGAUAAGUUCGAACACAAAGAGUCCAACUCCGACGAAUUGCCUAUAAUGGAGAUUCGCGAGGAGCUGGAUGACGAAGGUCAUGUCAUUUCCGGUGAUGUGAAGCCUUAUGCAGAAGUGUCAAAUGGGAGCCAACGUGUCAAGUCUCCUCAGUCAACCAAACCUGAAAUCAUGGAAGCCAACAAUGAAUCAAUGACACACAAAGAGGCAGCUUCACAGCAAAAUAAAGUAGUGUAUGAUACCACUGCACACUCCACCAAACUCGAGCCGGAGAAUAAGGCCGCCUCCGCUCAAACUCAGAAGAUUGAGGAACUAUCUGAAGAAGAGCAGAAGAAAAUCGAUGAGGAUCGAGAACAACUGGCUGAACUUUUAGACGAUAUGGAUAUUGCUCCUAAAACAGACACCAAAGUGAGUAGUAAAACAAAGGAUACAGAGAAUGCAAAGGAUGCAAAAAAUGCAAAGGAUACAGAGCAAACAAAAGAUUCCAGUGAUUCUUCAGAGGCUACUUCUGAUUUUGCGCCGGGAAAACCGGCGAUUGACCCGGAAGAUAUCCUCACUCUUGAAAUGAUUGCUGAAGAUUUCGAUGACGAGGAUUAUGACGAGGAAGAGAGCGAUCUGACAAGGGAUAUUGGAGAUGAAGGAGAAGAAGAAGAUGAUGAUGAUGACGACGACGAGAGCUACGUCAAAGUUGUUCCAGGCGGCGCAAGAAGUUUGUUUUUACAACAGAUCGCAGAAGUCAGACAGAAGAAACAGGAGGAGAAUGGUCAGCAGAAUCUUCCUGAACCCAAGAAAGCAGGAGCGAAGAAAAAGAGCGUCAAGUUUGCAGAGUCGGUGCAAGUCAAGGAAGUGGAAAACGUUUCUGAAGAGCUGAAGAAGACCGAAAACACAAGAGUUUCUCGUUUCAAGCUCCAACGCCAACAGCGAGGCGUUAGUCAUGAGAGUGUGCCAGACGAAGAUUCAAAGGAAGUAGUGCAGGACGUGGUUGAAAGAGACAUUGAGGAGCAGUCGCAUAAUGAAAGUUCAAAGAUAUCUGCCGUUCCAGCCUCUCUAGAUUACCGGGCUAUGCAGGACGACCUCGAUACAAUGGCGAGGGCUUAUACUCUGGGAAUGUACGACGAUGACAUUGAGACACAUGGCGAAGUUAUUGAGAAGCUCGAUGAUUUUGAGUCUCAUAAUAAGAUAGUGGAGUCCAAACCAGUUGAUAUGCCAGAAGAAGAGGAGGAGGAGCCUGAGGAGGAAGAAGAUGAUGACAUGGUCUUAGUGGACAAGAUUGUGGAGAAUGAGGUUGACGACGCUGAGGAGGAUCCUGAAAUCGAAUUGGCUGAUGAGGUUUUGGAAGCCGACGUUGCCAUGGAUUACACAAGACUGCGAACGAAAAUGAUACAUCGGUAUAACGGAGGAUUCCAAGAGAGCGAGAAGGAGAAGGAAUAUGAGCCUAUUGAGCCAGUCAAGACAAGUCGAUUCAAAGCUGCUCGAUUGGGGCGGAUCAAUUAG